AUGCGUUUCUGUAAACACCUUUUUACUUUCUUUAAUAUUUUUCGUCUUUUGGCUUGUCCAUUUUUAUGUCCAUCAGUUAGUAAUCAGGAAAAGUCUCAUAACGAAACAGCAAAUCCUUCAAAACCACCUGAUUGUGAUGAUUUAGCCGGUGAUAAUUCUAAUAAAGAAGAAUUUCAAAAUGAAGCAACGAAUCCUUCAAAAUUGCCUGACUGUGAUGUUUUAGUCAGUGAUCAUGCCAAUAAAGAAGAAUUUCAUAAUAAAGCAAUAAAUCCCUCAAAAUCGCCCGAUUGCGAAACGGCAUAUGAUUCAGUUAGUGGUCUGGCUAAUAAAGAAUUUCAUAAUGACCAUUUAAAACCUCCCGGUUAUGAAACGAUAUAUAAUUUAGAUAUUGAAUAUUCUGAAUUAGCCGAUCUUAAGCCGUUCGAAUCAGGAGGUUUUGGAACUGUUUAUAAAGGACAAUGGAACGGAUUAUGCAUAGCAGCAAAAUUUGUUAAACGUGGAGGUUUUUCAACAGAAUUGAAAAAUAAAGAUUUUGAACGCGAGUUGGAAGCCUUAAGGACAUCCAAGUAUUGUAAAGAAUAUAUAAUCCAAUUCUAUGGAUUGUCUCAAG